UUGGGCUAAGGUCGAUAAUCACACUUGGGUGUGAGUCCUGACCUCGCUUUCCCCCGAUGCCCAGCCUCCCCAGUCCAGGUCAAAUCUCGGUCUGCUUUUUGUCUCUGCAGAGCUGAGGACCCCGAGUGACCGCUCAGCUGGACCUGAAUGCAGAGGCGGAUGCUGGCGGUGCAGUGAGCACGGCCUGGCAGCGGGAGCAGUGCAGACCCCGUGUGCCCAUGGAGCUGCCAGCCGAGGGGGUACCUCCCCAGCCCCACCUGCCAGGCUGGGAGAGGCCAGAGGCCUAGGCGCGCAGCCGUGAGUGUUGGCAGACAAAUGCUCCCCAGGCCGUGGGGUUUCCUGCCUGGACCACUGGGUGGGUAUGCCAAGGCGGAGGAUGCCAGCCAAGGGGCGCUACUUCCUCAACGAGGGCGAGGAGGGCCCUGACCAGGAUGCGCUCUACGAGAAGUACCGCCUCACCAGCCAGCAUGGGCCACUCCUGCUCAUGCUCCUGUUGGUGGCCAUCGCUGCCUGCACCACUCUCAUCAUCAUCACCUUCAGCUAUGGGGACCCCUCCAGACACCGGGCCAUCCUGGGGACGGCGUUCUUCACACUCGCUGUGUUUGUGGUCCUCUAUGCGCUGGUGUACGUUGAGUGCCUCAACCGGCGGGGGCUCAGGGUCUCGGCGCUGCUCACCUGGGCCUGCCUUGUGAUGCUGGGCUACGUGCUGGUGUUUGAUUUUGACUUGCCGAGGAAGGACAUCUCUGCCUUGGAGCAGGCGCCCUUCUUUCUGUUCGUGGUCUUCGUGGUGUACACGCUGCUGCCCUUCAGCACGUUGGGGGCCGUCGUGGCCGGACUUGUCUCCAGCACCUCCCACCUCCUGGUGCUCGCCUAUCUGAUGGAAGCCUUCACCAGCCCCAGUGUCCCUGUGGGGCUGCAGCUGCUGGCCACUGCGGUGGUCUUCCUGUGCGGGAACCUCAUGGGCGCCUUCCACAAGCACCACAUGCAGGACGCCUCCCAUGACCUCUUCACCUACACCGUGAAGUGCAUCCAGAUUCGGCGUAAGCUGCGCAUCGAGAAGCGCCAACAGGAGAACCUCCUGCUGUCCGUGCUGCCUGCCCACAUCUCCAUGGGCAUGAAGCUGGCCAUCAUCGAGCGGCUCAAGGAGCGCGGGGACCGCCGUUACCUGCCUGACAACAACUUCCACAACCUCUACGUCAAGAGGCACCAGAAUGUUAGCAUCCUCUAUGCUGACAUCGUGGGCUUCACGCGGCUGGCCAGUGACUGCUCCCCCAAAGAGCUGGUGGUGGUGCUGAACGAGCUCUUCGGCAAGUUUGACCAGAUCGCCAAGGCCAACGAGUGCAUGCGGAUUAAGAUCCUGGGCGACUGCUACUACUGCGUGUCUGGCUUGCCCGUGUCCCUGCCCAACCAUGCCCGCAACUGUGUGAAGAUGGGGCUGGACAUGUGUGAGGCCAUCAAGCAGGUGCGGGAGGCCACAGGCGUGGACAUCAGCAUGCGCGUGGGCAUCCACUCGGGGAACGUGCUGUGCGGUGUCAUCGGGCUGCGCAAGUGGCAGUAUGACGUGUGGUCCCACGACGUGUCCCUGGCCAACAGGAUGGAGGCAGCCGGAGUCCCUGGCCGGGUGCACAUCACAGAGGCGACGCUGAAGCACCUGGACAAGGCGUACGAGGUGGAGGACGGGCACGGGCAGCAGCGGGACCCUUACCUCAAAGAGAUGAACAUCCGCACCUACCUGGUCAUCGACCCCCGGAGCCAGCAGCCGCCCCAGCCCAGCCAGCACAACCCCAAGAACAAGGGGGACGCGGCCCUGAAGAUGCGGGCGUCUGUGCGAAUGACGCGCUACCUGGAGUCCUGGGGGGCGGCUCGCCCCUUCGCGCACCUCAACCAACGUGAGAGCGUGAGCAGCAGUGAGACCCUUGUGUCCCACGGGCGGAGGCCCAAGGCUGUUCCCCUGCGGCGCCACCGGACCCCUGACAGAAGCACGUCCCCCAAGGGGCGCUCAGAGGAUGACUCAUACGAUGAUGAAAUGUUGUCAGCCAUCGAGGGGCUCAGCUCUACCAGACCCUGCUGCUCCAAGUCUGAUGACUUCUCCACCUUUGGGUCCAUUUUCCUGGAGAAGGGCUUCGAACGAGAGUACCGCCUGGCGCCCAUCCCCCGGGUCCGCUACUACUUCGCUUGUGCCAGCCUCGUCUUCGUCUGCAUCCUGCUCGUCCACGUCUUGCUGUUGUCCAGGACGAAGACUCUGGCCGUGUCCUUUGGGCUGGUGGCCUGCAUGCUGGGGCUGGUGCUCGUCUUGUGCUUCGCCGAUGAGUUCUUGAGGUGCUGCCCGGCCCGGGGGAUGCUGCGAGCCAUCGCUGAGAGCGUGGAGACACAGCCCCUGCUUCGGGUGUCCCUGGCCAUCCUGACCAUCGGCAGCCUGCUGGUCAUCGCCGUCAUCAACCUGCCGCUGAUGACCUGCCCGGACCGGGGGCUGUUUGUCGGGAACGAGACAGGCCUGAGUGCUGUGAGCAGCUGGCCGAGGACCCCGUGCUGGCUCCUCCCGUGUUACACCUGCAGCUGCAUCCUGGCCUUCAUCGCCUGCUCUGUCUUCCUGCGGAUGAGCCUGGAGCUGAAGGUCGUGCUGCUGACUGUGGCCUUGGUGACCUACCUGGUCCUCUUCAACGUCUCCCCGAGCUGGCAGUGGGACUGCUGUGACCACAGCCUGGGCAACCUCACCGGGACCAACGGCACCCUCAGCGGCUCCUCCUCCUGUUUGUGGCAUCUGAAGACGAUGAUCAAUUUCUACCUGGUCUUGUUCUACACCACCCUCAUCAUGCUCUCCAGACAGAUUGACUAUUACUGCCGCCUGGACUGUCUGUGGAAGAAGAAGUUCAAGAAGGAACAUGAGGAGUUUGAAACCAUGGAGAACGUGAACCGCCUUCUUCUAGAGAAUGUCCUGCCCGCGCACGUGGCCGCCCACUUCAUCGGUGACAAGUUAAACGAGGAGGCCGGGUGUCCAUGGGGUCCUGUGUCUCCCCCUCCCCCGACCCAGGACUGGUACCAUCAGUCCUACGACUGCGUCUGUGUCAUGUUUGCGUCGGUGCCGGACUUCAAAGUGUUCUACACAGAGUGCGACGUCAACAAGGAAGGGCUGGAGUGCCUGCGCCUGCUCAACGAGAUCAUCGCUGACUUCGACGAGCUGCUGUUAAAGCCCAAGUUCAGUGGUGUGGAGAAGAUCAAGACCAUCGGCAGCACGUACAUGGCCGCUGCAGGGCUCAGCAUCCCCUCGGGGCCUGAGAACCAGGACCUGGAGCGGCAGCACGCCCACAUCGGCAUCAUGGUGGAGUUCAGCACUGCCCUGAUGAGCAAGCUGGACGGCAUCAAUCGGCACUCCUUCAACUCCUUUCGCCUCCGAGUCGGCAUAAACCAUGGGCCUGUGAUUGCUGGAGUGAUCGGGGCACGAAAACCUCAGUACGAUAUCUGGGGAAACACGGUCAAUGUUGCCAGUCGAAUGGAGAGCACUGGAGAACUUGGAAAAAUCCAGGUUACUGAAGAGACGUGUACCAUCCUCCAGGGACUAGGGUAUUCCUGUGAGUGCCGCGGGCUGAUCAACGUCAAAGGCAAAGGUGCCAAACAUGCCGGAAACCCAUCUCCUUCCCUGAAGCAAGCCAGGAGGAAGGCCCAGCCCCAUGCCAGGCACAAAGGCAGUCCGAGGGAUUGGUCACCACCACCUGGGCAGGUGGCUCCCUGGAUGUGCACUAGAGGACCUGUCAGCUUGGGGCGAUCACCCGGCCUCACACACAGGCAGCCAGAACCUCUGUGCUGUCCGAGUCUGCGGUGCAGCCUUCAGCCCAGCAGGGAACAGCUCAUCUGUGGGCUGUGCACUCAUCCCGCAGGUGCUGUGGACGAGACCUUGGAGCAUGACCUGGAGACCUCCCGCCCCGGGGCCUGUGAGCUGCACGUGGGGAACGUGUCUUUUCUUGUCCAGGAUGGGUGGGAACUCCUUUCUCCCCAGUACACCAGCUACAAGAGUGCACACUUCUCAUAUAGGCAUUCUGGUAAAUGGAGUUAAAAGACUGUUUUAUAUCUACAAAUGGGUUCAAACAAUAGGGAGAAAGCCCCACAGUGGACACUUCUUACUUCUUAUCCUCUUUGGCAUGUGUCUGUUUAAAAAUGGAGACAUUAUUAAUGGAGGUGUCACCCUCUAAAUGGCUCCUGAGACGAUACAUUCUCUUCCCUCCAGUAUAGGCUUUCUUGGUAACCACGGCACGCAAGUGGGACCACUGUCCCGUGUGAGCUCAUGGGAUCAGCUCAGCCGUGGGCUGGAGCUCCAAGGAACAUGGCUCACCGCAGGAAGGCAACGAGUGGCAUAGCCUUGGCUUGAAUCAGACAACUUUGAAGCCAAAACUGAGAUUAGGUUUAAUGAGUGAAAAGCCUAGAAAAUAAGGCAUCAGCUCUCAGCCCUUCCUUGACUCCUCAUGCAUUUUCGAGCGCCCCCUGCAACCUUGCAGUCUGUCUUAGCUUUAUACUGGAAAGGAGUGGAGUCUAUGUGAGUGAACCUGACAGGCUGUAGUCCUCCCCUUCAGUCCUCACAGCUAGCUCUGAAGAGGACCUACUCAGCGUCAGCAUGUGCAGAGGCUCCCGGAUCUGGGAAGCCAGGCCUCUCACAAACAAGUGCUUGGAUGUUCUGAGCUGACUGAUUCCAUGCAAGUGAAAAAGCCAGGUUUGUGAGGUGUGGUGUCUUAUGGCACAUCAGCUCCAAAAGAAUCGAAAGACGUCAACCUGUGUUUCACCAUGAGGAGAGAACAAACUGCCCAUUCCCUUUUCUGAACCGACUUCACUGUGUCAUUACCAGAGUAUCUCCAGGGCUUCUAAUACGUCUGGACUCCACCGUAUGGCAGGAAUGCUAGCCAGAAGUCAUCCAUGAACUCCCCUGAAAUUAUACAGAAAAUUCUGCAUACGUGAGGCUUCAAAAGAUGACACGACCUUGCAGACAGGUGACUAAGCAGCCAAGUUUGCCUGGGACGGGGGCUGUGGAGUGAGACAGCACCCCAGGCACGGCAGGGAGGGGAUUGGAGCCGCACCUGCUGCUGGCCAGUGCUGCGUCCUGGGGCCUGGGUGGGCUGGUGGCAGCUCUGACGCAUCACAUGAAACUGGAACAAGUAGGAAUAAAUCACAAGGACUUGCUGUCCUAAUCCUUUAGGACAUUUUCAUGGUGAAAAUGCUGGUAAGGGAAAUAAACCUUACUUAAGUUGCCUUUUUCACACACCAAUUCUUCAUCUAAGUACUAUGCUGAAAUCUAUACCCUUAAAAUCAGGAGUGACUGGGCUUUCCUGGGAAAUCAUGAAGGUUCUGUCACUAAUCCAGUGUAGACACACAUCAGUAUGCUGGGCCUCUCUGAGGUGGAUAGGCUUCUACUCUUGCAAUAUACAAAUUACUUUUUUCCUACAGCAAAGAAAUCCCAAUUGGGAGUUUAAAAUAUAAUUAGUUACCAUUUAUGUAUUUUUCUUUCACUGUGCUCAGAUAAUAAGUUUUGAAUUUUUGACAUUCAGAUCAUAGUGUACAACUGACCAUAAAGAUCACUUAGUUAUUUUUUAUAAAUUCGUUUUCCAAUUACCAAGUCAUUUGUUCACAGGUGUCACUUUGCUUUAUGACAAGACAAGUGUCUUUCCUAACACUGACCUUCUCUGUGGGUCAGGGACAUGCUAUGCUUCAUAUCUCAGUACUAAGGUGGCCUCACUGAUGCUAGUAAUGUUUUCUGGUUUCCUUAAGAAAAUUUCCUAACAGAAAAGAUCAUUAACCACUGUAUACAUUGUGUAUAUGUAUAGAAAUAUGCGUUGAGAAAGUACAUGAAAGAACUAGGCGUUAUUCUAUAUACUGAAUAUUUAUAGAUCUGUAACAUUUGUUUCAAAAUGUUAUAUUUCAUUUUUAUAUAGUACCAGUGUUUCUCUUUUCUUUAGCUUUUCAUAGAUUAAAUCGGCAAUAUGGAAAACCUGA